CCAUGGCCGCCACCGGGGUGCUGCCCUUCAUUCGGGGCGUAGACCUCAGCGGGAACGACUUCAAGGGCGGAUAUUUUCCUGAACAUGUAAAAGCCAUGACCAGCCUUCGGUGGCUAAAGCUGAACCGGACGGGGCUCUGCUACCUGCCAGAAGAGCUUGCAGCCCUUCAGAAACUGGAACACCUAUCCGUGAGCCACAACAACCUGAACACUCUGCAUGGGGAACUGUCCAGCCUACCCUGCCUUCGGGCGAUCGUAGCCCGAGCCAACAGCCUAAAGAAUUCUGGUGUGCCAGAUGACAUCUUCCAGCUGGAUGACCUCUCUGUCCUGGAUCUGAGCUACAACCAGUUGACAGAAUGUCCCAGGGAGCUGGAGAAUGCCAAGAAUAUGCUGGUGCUCAAUCUCAGCCACAACAGCAUCGACAACAUCCCCAACCAGCUCUUCAUCAACCUGACCGAUCUGCUGUACCUGGAUGUGAGUGACAACAAGCUGGAGAGCCUGCCCCCCCAGAUGAGGCGCCUGGUGCACCUGCAGACGCUGAUUCUCAACAACAACCCCCUCAUGCAUGCCCAGCUCAGGCAGCUCCCUGCCUUGACGGCCCUGCAGACCCUGCACCUGCGGAACACCCAGCGCAUGCAGAGCAACCUUCCCACCAGCCUGGAGGGCCUGACCAGCCUCGCCGAUGUGGACCUGUCCUGCAAUGACCUGACCUGGGUGCCCGAGUGCCUGUACACCCUCCCCAACCUUCGCCGCCUCAACUUGAGCAGCAACCAGAUCUCUGAGCUGUCUCUGUGCAUCGACCAGUGGGUCCAGGUGGAGACACUGAAUCUGUCUCGAAACCAGCUCACCUCUCUUCCAUCUGCCAUCUGCAAGCUGACUAAGCUGAAAAAAUUAUACCUGAACUCCAACAAGGUAGAUUUCGAUGGUAUCCCCUCCAGUAUUGGUAAAUUGGCCAACCUGGAAGAGUUCAUGGCGGCCAACAACAACCUGGAACUCAUUCCUGAGAGCCUGUGCAGAUGCACCAAACUGAGGAAGCUGAUCCUGAACAAGAACCGCCUGGUGACCCUGCCCGAGGCCAUCCACUUCCUGACGGACGUAGAGGUCCUGGACGUGCGAGAGAAUCCCAACCUAGUGAUGCCCCCUAAGCCCGCAGACCGUGCCUCAGAGUGGUACAACAUUGACUUCUCACUGCAGAACCAGCUACGCCUGGCGGGCGCCUCCCCAGCUACCGUAGCCGCCGCCGCUGCAGGAAGUGGCCCCAAGGACCCGCUGGCCCGGAAGAUGCGCCUUCGGAGGCGUAAAGAUUCAGCCCAGGAUGACCAAGCCAAGCAAGUGCUAAAGGGCAUGUCAGAAGUGGCUCAGGAAAAGAACAAAAAACUGGAGGAGAAUGUGGACAUGAAGAUGUCGGACACCAAGGCCAAGCGCUGGGAUCAGGGCCUGGAGAAGCCGCCUCUGGACUACUCGGAGUUCUUCACGGAAGAUGUGGGCCAGCUGCCCGGCCUCACUAUCUGGCAGAUCGAGAACUUCGUGCCCACCAUGGUGGACGAGGCUUUGCACGGCAAGUUCUACGAGGCCGACUGUUACAUCGUGCUCAAGACGUACCUGGACGAGAGCGGCUCCCUGAGCUGGGAGAUCUACUACUGGAUCGGCGGGGAGGCCACCCUGGACAAGAAGGCCUGCUCUGCCAUCCACGCCGUCAACCUCCGCAACUACCUGGGCGCCGAGUGCCGGACCAUCCGGGAAGAGAUGGGCGACGAGAGCGAGGAGUUCCUCCAGGUGUUUGAUCAUGAGAUCUCGUACAUCGAGGGGGGCACGGCCAGCGGCUUCUACACCGUGGAGGACACCCACUAUGUGACCAGGCUGUACCGCGUCUUUGGGAAGAAGAACCUCAAACUGGAGCCUGUGCCCCUCAAGGCUGCAUCCCUGGAUCCCCGGUUCGUCUUCCUCCUGGACCACGGGCUGGACAUCUAUAUUUGGAGGGGGGCCGAAGCCACACUGAGCGGCACUACCAAAGCCAGGCUGUUUGCCGAGAAGAUUAACAAGAACGAGCGGAAGGGUAAGGCGGAGAUCACGCUGCUGUACCAAGGCCAGGAGGAGGUCCCCGCAUUUUGGGAGGUGCUGGGUGGGGAGCCCCAUGAGAUCACCAGGCACGUCCCCGAUGACUUCCGCCCUGCUCGGCCCAAACUCUACAAGGUGGGCCUGGGCCUGGGGUACCUGGAGCUGCCCCAGAUCAACUAUAAGCUGUCUGUGGAGCACAAGAAGCGACCCAAGGUGGAGCUGAUGCCCGAGAUGAGGCUGCUUCAGAGCCUUCUGGACACCAAGUCUGUGUACAUUCUGGACUGCUGGUCUGACGUGUUCAUCUGGGUGGGCCGCAAGUCCCCUCGUCUGGUGCGGGCGGCUGCACUGAAACUGGGCCAGGAGCUCUGCGGCAUGCUGCACCGGCCCCGGCAUGCUGCUGUCAGCCGCAACCUGGAGGGCACCGAGUGCCAGGUGUUUAAGGCCAAGUUUAAGAACUGGGAUGACGUGCUCAAAGUGGAUUACACCCGAAAUGCAGAGUCGGUGGUGCAAGGUGACGGGCUGGCCGGCAAGGUGAAGAAGGACACGGAGAAGAAGGACCAGAUGAAGGCGGACCUCACAGCCCUGUUCCUUCCACGCCAACCCCCCAUGGCCUUGGCUGAGGCGGAACAGCUGAUGGAAGAGUGGAAUGAAGACCUUGAUGGCAUGGAGGGCUUUGUCCUUGAAGGCAAAAAGUUUGCUCGCCUGCCUGAGGAGGAGUUUGGUCACUUCCACACCCAGGACUGUUAUGUCUUCCUCUGCAGGUACUGGGUCCCUGUGGAGUACGAGGAGGAGGACAGGAAGCAGAAGGCUGCCCCCGGGGCAGCAGAAGGAGCUGGGGAACAAGAGGGAGAGGAGGAGGAGUCGGGGGCCGAGGAGAAGCAGCCGGAGGAGGACUUCCAGUGCGUGGUGUACUUCUGGCAGGGCCGGGAGGCCUCCAACAUGGGCUGGCUCACCUUCACCUUCAGCCUGCAGAAGAAGUUCGAGAGCCUCUUCCCCGGCAAACUGGAGGUAGUGCGGAUGACUCAGCAGCAGGAGAACCCCAAGUUCCUGUCCCACUUCAAGAGAAGGUUCAUCAUCCACAAGGGCAAGAGGAAAGCCUCGGAGAGCACGCAGCAGCCCAGCCUGUACCACGUCCGCACCAAUGGCAGCGCCCUCUGCACCCGGUGUAUCCAGAUCAACACAGACUCUGGCCUCCUCAACUCCGAAUUCUGCUUCAUCCUCAAGGUCCCCUUUGAGAGCGCCGACAACCAGGGCAUCGUGUACACGUGGGUAGGGCGGGCGGCCGACCCCGACGAGGCCAAGUUAGCCGAGGACAUCAUGAACCACAUGUUCAACGACUCGUACAGCAAGCAGGUGAUUAAUGAGGGAGAAGAGCCAGAAAACUUCUUCUGGGUGGGCAUCGGUGCCCAGAAACCCUAUGAUGAAGAUGCUGAUUACAUGAAGUAUGCCCGCCUCUUCAGAUGUUCCAAUGAGAAAGGUUACUUCUCAGUGUCAGAGAAGUGUUCCGACUUCUGCCAGGAUGACUUGGCCGACGAUGACAUCAUGCUGCUGGACAACGGGCGAGAGGUUUACAUGUGGGUGGGGACUCAGACGAGCCAGGUGGAGAUCAAGCUGAGCCUGAAGGCCUGCCAGGUUUACAUCCAGCACAUGAGGUCCAAGGACCAGGAGCAUCCUCGAAAGCUCCGACUGGUCCGCAAAGGGAACGAACAACACCCAUUCACCCGAUGCUUCCACGCCUGGAGUACUUAUCGGAAACCCCCGGCCUAGCCUCGCCCAGAGGACGAGCCUCCAUUCUACUUGCCCCUGACUCAAGGAUGCUAGCAGCAACACAAGCUUUAAAAGGCUUUUCCUCACUAUGAAGAGAGAGGGGAGCACUCUAGCAGCUGCUGUCAGCACUGGCUCUCUGGGGUUUGUGGGGGGAUGGCUUUCUUCAUGCUCACCCCUUCCUCCCAGCAUCUAGGAUCUCCCUGCCUGUGCCCCUUUUUCUGAAGCUGUUCUAUGGCCAAAGCAAGAGUCUGACUGCCGGGGGGACUCUCGGGAGUUUGGAGUGGGAGUACGGCCUGUGUGCUGGGCUGGGAGGAUGGGAGUCGUUUCCUUCAGGUCUGCCCGUGGUGCCCCGGAGGGCUUCCUGCCCUUAUGGGCCCCAGCCUUGCCCUCUCCCCCAGCACCACACAACCUUUGCUCUGGACUCACUGCUCCUGCCCCAGCAGCGCCUGGUGUAUUUGUAUUAGAAUAAAAAUUGGUUCUGGCA